CAUCCUGCGAUGCGCCGCCGCUGUCGCCCUGCAGUCUCACAGACAACAAUAUUCCCACACGUCAAGGACUAGCUGCCCACCAGCCUGGUUUAUCUACAGCUUCUCAUGCUUUGUAUCGAAAAUAGACCUACUGCCGACCAUCUGCGGCAAGGCAAUCAGCACACUUCCCACCAAAGCAAACCCGGAAUCUCAUGAUGUGAAAUGCACCAAAGAGAUGUACCACUCUGACCACGGUGUUGACUUCCCCAACCUCUCCUUUCAAAUCCCUGGCAGCCCUGCAGAGCUGGGCCCAGCAAACACAGAGUGAACCCAACCUUCAACAAAUCACACAUCUACCUUCCCCUUCACCCACACAGGGCCUCCCUCUGCUCCAGUCCCACCCCCCUCCUCCUUCUGGACCAUGGACAGCCCUCCUAAGCUGUCAGGCGAGACCCUGAUCGUGCAUCACAUCCCCCUGGUGCACUGCCAGGUGUCUGGCGGGCGGAAGGGUGACUGCGGGAGCUCGUUGAAGAGGAGCAACCCGUUUAUCCCACCGGAGAACCUGGGCUUGAGUCGCACCACUUCCCUUCCCGAGAGAGAUGUUCUUCAGAGAGAGGCACUCCUCUACAGCAGCCUGAUCCAGACCUCAAGUGGCUCCUGGGACUCCCGCAAAGGGGGAAAAGAGAGGAAAGUUGGCGGGAGAGGAAGCAGCACAGCAAGUGAUGAUUCAUCGUUUACCUCGAGCAAUUCAGAGGACCAGCUGAUCACGGCUCACACUUUACCCAGAGCCAAACCGAGGAACAGGAAUCCGUUGCGUCAUAAUCCAUUCCUGCUGAAUACCGAAGACGAGGAUGAAGAAGAAGAGGAGGAGGAUGGUGAUAACCUCAGUGGUUACUUUGAAGACUCCUCUUUUCACCUCCACAGUGACACUAACUCUGUCCACGAUAACGGGAUGACUCCUUUCCACUUACACGGCCUUGGCUUUGCUUCUGAGCCCUUUAUGUUGCACAGGUCAGUGGGUGGAAGCAGUAGGGAGUCCCUAAGGGCAGUAGCCUCGGAUUUCUCCACCCACCUGGAGGACCUGGACAUUCUGGGACUGGACAGCCAGCUGCGCCACGGCAGCAGCGGUUCCAACAUGUCCAUGGAUUGUGGAGAGCAAGACUGGGGCGAUUACGAUGGAGAAGAUAAGGAUGAUCCUAUGAAGUGUGGGCGAAGCUCCUCCAGCUCCUCCACACAGCACUGCUCCUGCUGUGCACUCUCCCAGAACUACCCUCAGCAGUUUCCUGAAGCCUUCACGGAGCCUUUCUCAGAAUGCCAGCAAGGCUACGGCAGCGACUCCUCUUGCAACAGCUCAGACGGCGUGCUCGUGAACUUCAGCGCCAUUUACAACAAGUUGAACAACAGUAUUCCGGAGAAGCCACCGGUCUCUGGGCACACCAAUCUCAACAGCUCUACUGACCACUCCCGCACCUCGUCUGUUUCUGAUCCACCAGGAAACAAGCGAGACUCAACUGGAGGGGCUUUCUAUUUGGACCUUCACACAUCCCCAACUGAACCUCCCUUAUCACAACAGCAACCCUCCUGCCUGGGCAGCACCUUCCCUCUCAUCCGUGAAUCGCACCUGUCCACCUCCUCCACCUGUUCCUGCGCCGUGGAGCACCAGGGGGCUCUUGACCUCGACGCCAACUGCAACUCCUACCACCCUCCACAUUCUGGAUCGUCCGGAGACCUUGCUUCCUGUGUGCAGAGUCAGGCACGCCUGGUUGUCGCCACCCAGAACUACUACAAAUUGGUCACCUGCGACCUGUCGUCCCAGUCGUCCCCAAGUCCCGCAGGCUCCUCGGUCAACAGCUGCUCCGAUGAGCACAGCAAAGGCAGCCCCACUCCGACCCAGCCCAACGAGUACUUUCUGUUCAGGCAGAGAGCUGAUGAGCUGGGCGUGGAAGAAGAACAAGAUGAAGACGAUGAAGAGUCAUCUAGGCGAGAUGAUGAUGAUGAUGAGGAUGAAGAGGACGAGGAGGAGAAGAAGAAGAAUCAGCAGGCAGCUGGUGGAGCUGAAGCUGCUCCUGCCGUGAUUGAAGGCCAGGUGUACGUCAACAUCUCCCCCCCUCUGGUUGGCCAGGGUGUUAUUGGAGCCUCCUCAGGAAGCCGUCCCCGUUCUCGCAGCUACGACCGCAACCUGGACAAGUCUCCAUCUCCUCGGCUCGGAUCUCUGGAGCGUAUGUUGAGCUGCCCAGUCCGGCUCAGCGAGGGCGCCGCCCCGACCCCGACCGCGCCUCCUCCUCCACGAGUCACCUCCUUCGCAGAGAUCGCGAGAAGCAAACGGAAAAAUGGAGGUUCGCCGUCGCUGAAGGCAGCUGCAGACCCUUUCUCCUCCACUUACUCCACCCACUCCCACUCCUCUGUGGAUUUCUCUCCGAUCCUAGAGCAGCAUGUGGAGGUUGACAGUCACAGACUGUCACCUGUACCCUUUACCAGAUGUUACAGUCAAGGCAGCAUUGAGCGACACCUGGAGGGGACAAGGGAGACCAGGGCCAAGGCUGAAGGUGGCCUCUCAAGUUCCUCAGACAGCCGCCCCGUGGUGGUCCGCUACAGUAAAGACCAGCGGCCCACCACCCUCCCCAUCCAGCCCUUCACCUUCCACCACCAGUUUGCCACCAAACCCUCACAGCCCAAGCCUCUGCUGCCCCUACUCACAGGCUACGUCUCUGGGAUGCAGGCCCGCUCCAGCUCUGGUUCUGGCUCUGGUUCUGGCUCUGGCUCUGGAGGUCCGGUGGGGGAGGACAGUGAAGAUGCAGCUGAAAAUGUGUACAGGUACCAGGGGACUGCAGCAGCCCCUCCACCUGGAUCAGUUCGACCCUCACCUCUCGGGAGCUACUCCCCCGUGCGGCUCCAGGGGGCGCCCAGCUCUGGGACCUGCUCCACCUGCACCCCAAGCCCUCAGCCGCAACACAGUCUCUCCUGCCCGCUUUCGGCUGGCCCCGGCCCCCUGCACACCCCGCCGACAGGAAAGCAGGGAGGGGGUUCAGUGGCGUUACCGUCUACCCCUCCACCUCCAUCCCUGGGGGUGAAGAGAGGGAUGGUGCCGCCAAUGCUGCCAGCUGUGCAGGGACACUGUUUCCAUCAUGGAGCUCUGCCUAGUUUACCAACACUCAACAGUGACAUGCUGAGCCCGCUGGGCUGUCUGGAUCCUGGAAAGCAUGUGGAGGGAAGCCAAGGACCCGGAGCCAGGACACAUAAUGCACACCACCUCUCUCCACAGGCUCUCAAAUGGAGGGAGUACCGUCGUCGAAACCCUCUGGGAUUGGAGAGGGUCUCAGGGGGCCACUCUUCUGCAGGAUCAGGCCCCCUCUCUGGUAACCUGGAACCCAGAAAAGGCGGGGGAUCUCGACCUGUCAGACGGAAUGUGUUCGAUUUCCCUUCAGUCUCCUCUGGCCCCACGUUGGGACGGCUCAAUGCAGGGGGCCAAUCAACUAAGCUGCAGCAGAUCUACAGUGACUUCCUGCCGGACUACUUCUCUCUGACCGAGAAGCCUCCGGAGGAGUUUUGCCUCUCCCCAGACGCAUCAACUUCCUCCUCCACCUGCUCUUCCUCACAGUCCCACAUCUCAGUGGACCUGACGCAGAAGAGAGGUUUGGUGAAAGCCGUGAACACAGCAGUGGAUCUGAUCGUGGCACACUUCGGCACCAGUCGAGACCCAGAUGUAAAGGCUAAGCUGGGGAACAGCUGGGUGAGUCCCAACGUGGGUCACCUCAUCCUGAAGUACCUUUGCCCGGCUCUGCAUGAGGUGCUGCAGGACGGCCUGAAGGCCUACGUACUGGACCUGAUCAUCGGACAGCGGCGUUGUCAGCCCUGGAGCCUGGUGGACGCCUCCACACAGCUGGGCCCAUCCACACGUGUUCUUCACAGCCUGUUCUCAAAGGUGAGCCAGUACUCUGAGCUCACAAGCCACAGCAUGAGACUCAACGCCUUCAUCUUCGGCCUACUCAACCUAAAAUCUUUGGAAUUCUGGUUCAAUCACCUCUACACACAUGAAGAUAUUAUAGCAGCCCACUACAACCCGUGGGGUUUCCUUCCCCUGUCACAGGGGCCGUGCCAGCCGCUCUUUGAGGAGCUCCUCCUCCUGCUGCAGCCACUGUCGCUCCUCCCGUUUGACCUGGACCUGCUGUUUGAACCACAUCUUCUCCAAAAGGGCCAGGAGCAUCUCCGUCGCAAGGAGCAGCUGUGCUCUGCAGGCCAGAAUGUCGACCAAUCAACUCGUUCCACCUUCCAGCUCAUGAGAGGAUGGAGCACCACUGUAAGCGAGAUGGUCAGAGACUCAAGUGCAGAGGUGAAGAAAGAGAGGGCGGGGCUGAGACGAGAGGGAACAUGGCCGAGGAUUGAAGGGGUCGGACCGAGACGAGAGGGAGCAGGAGUGAAACCAAGGUUAAGGAGUGAGGGGGCAACAACUGACAGCAUGACAGCCAGGUCUGUUAGCAGACCAGACCAGAUGGAAGUAGGGUUUGCCAAUCUCUGGAAGGAGAGGGGGAUGAGUGGACAGAGAAUGAAAGGCGUAGGACAAGAGAGCCAAGGAGAAGGUAAGGACGGACGGGAAAAAGACAGGAGUAGAGAAAAAGAGAAGGAUAUGGCAGAGGAGGGGCGUCAACGGCAAGAGAGACAGGCGGGCUGGUGGUACCAGCUCAUGCAGUCCUCCCAGGUUUACAUCGACCAAUCCACAGAGGGGUCAAAGUUUGUUAAGACUGAGAAAAGGAAGAAGUCGUCAGAAAGAAGACAGAACCAGCUACCGCCCACCAGAGAAGGAGUGGUGGAGGGGGCUGAGUCAAGCCAAGAAGGGGAGGGGUAUAGAAGCAGGAAAAGCAGCAAUAGCUCUAGCGGGGAGUCAGCUGGAUCCAGGGGAAGGCCUUCAUGGAUGGGCAGCCCGCCAGACUCCGUUCUCAACCAGGAGAAAGAGACAAAACCUAUGGAGGCUACAAGGACUGGAGCUCAAGCUGCAGCCCAAGAGGAGAGCCCCACACAUGGACAGAGUCUGCGAUGGGGCAGGCUCUUUGGAUCUAGUGUUGGUUCUCCUUCGAGGGUGGAGGCAGCUGAUCAGAAAGCAAAAGCUCAAAAGACCAGGCCACCAUCAGGUUGGCUUUCUCUGGAUAGCUCUGUUCUUGACUUUGUUGCUCUGACUAUUGGAGCGGGGAGUGGGAAGAAGGCAGAGCCUCCAGCCACACCCACUCACACCCACACCACACCUCCACCAACUUCAAGUCAACCAACUGAAGCCAGACAACAGUCUCCAUGUGAAGUCCGAGCAUUGUGCCACCACAUAGCCACCGAACCAGGCCAGCUGAGCUUCAACAAGGGUGAUAUCCUGCUGGUCCUGAGCAAGGCUGAUCCAGACUGGCUGCUGUGCUCCCUGGGCUCCACCCAGGGCUUGGUUCCCAUCAUCUAUGUUACCCUCAAUAGAAUGGAGGACAGCCAGGAUGCCACUGGACUAUGAGCUAAUGCUGCCCCAAGAGGAAUUAAUGCAAGAUGAAGGGCAAUCCGCUUUGGAGACGGAGGGUAUCCCUGCCACAUACCUACUGAAACAAAAACCUGUUUUUGAGAUAACUGUACAUUGGGGAUGAAAAAAAACAUUGUAAAUUUGAAGAUAAUGAAGAUGAUGUACAGACACAUGCAAAGGGAAGCAUGCAGGCUCAAACACAAACUAACAUCUACUUCAACUGUACAUCCAGACAAGUAUGCAUGCAUACAUUCAAAAACCAAAAGACCAGACAGGAAACCCAAAGACACUCCAACACACGCAUCUCUCUCUGCGUGAAGCUCUGCUUCUAGCUUAACUAUGUGAUUGUCCAGUCUCUAUAUCAUCUCUACUUGCGACAAAAAAGGAGGGGCUACUUAAAGUUGGUAAACUUCAUAAUAUGAUAAUAAUAUAACAUGCCAAGCUGCACUUUGCUGUGCUGUCUAUACCUUCACCUAGCUGUUUCACACUCUAGACACAGUGCUCAGACGAACGCCAGGGGGCUGUUUGACGUCCUGUUGCUUACUUGGUGCCGAUUGAUCUUUUUGUGUAGAAACCAGUGAAUCCUUGCUUUGUUGGUUAGAUUUAAUGUGGUUGAUGUAAAAGCAAAAACAAAAAAAUGUUUUGAUCCACGUCGGCUCCAGUUUUUCAGGAUUCAGCAUAUAAAUAUUAAGACAGUAGAAAACCACACAGGAGUUUGUUUAGAUGGCUGUUCAACCCAAGAGAAAAGAAGGCAAAAGGACGAGUUUAAAUCUGUUUCCAUUCUCCAUAUAUCUUAUUUGAUCACUUCUUGUCAAAGCCUACUUAUAUGGAGACAAAGGGAUGGAUCGACUGACAAGCAAGUUGCCUUUUUUUUCCUUCUAUUUUUUCUCACAUCACCCGCCACAGCUGGCAUGAAUCAAUGGCUGACAUUGUUUAAGUGCAUGUAACCUUACAAAAAUGUGGUCCUUUUCCCUACAAUUCUGUUUCACCUGCGUUUUCAGCUGCUUCCUGACAUCUCAGCCCCCCCCCACCCCCCCAAUCUCUCAUCAAAGGACACUUCACGGAUUUUGAAGAGGACACAUUCAAGCGAGUGGCUGCAGUCUGAGCUGUACACGUGCAUUUUAUCUAAUGCUACAUUCUGUAAAUGCAUAAUAUGACUUACACAUGUGGUGAGUUCUAUUUAUUUAUGUAUUUAGUUCAAUAAGCAGAGGGAAGCAUCUAAAUGGACCGUUGCCGAAAAACAAGGAAGGAUGUCCAAUGAAAGCAUAGCUGAGGAGAGGUAUGGAGGCCUUUUUUUGAAUGUGUUGGGGAUCCAGCCUGGAACAUGCUAAUUAGUUAUAUGCAUUUAGAGAGUAAAUUAUUUUAUUUAUGCCUUAAAGCGCUUGAGGAAACGAAGGGAGAAUUGCCCUGUUGGACACUUCAAGGCUAGUGAUCUAAUAUUUUCCCGACAUUAUAUUUUGUAUAUAUGCUAUGACGUGUCAAACUUGACAUUUCCCCAGAUUUAUGUCUACAGAGAUUCUUGUUGACUUCAAAGAAAAGUAUAGAGAUGUUACAGAGGUGAUAUUUUUUUGAUGUUUAAAGGGAAACCCCAACACAUUUUGUGACGGGGGCUCUGUGGGCAUUUCUGUGUUAGUAUGUACAGUACAUGCUACCUUUCAAUGCCCAGAUGUAAUGUGGCCUUAGGAUCAAAAUGAUUUGACGAAGAACUAAAAUUACGGCUAAAUACAGAAUACCUGGAUAGAUGUUGAGUGUAUACAGAUGCACAAUCCAAAUAAUUCACAUUAUAAAAUGGUUAAAUCACUGUACAUUUAUUAAAUAAAUGAAUGCUUGUGUAGUUUUUGAAAAACGUACAUAGGAUAUCAUUUUACCAUUUCAAUUUUCUUUUUCUUUGCAUUGUUGUACAGUUUUUACAGCAUUUAAUUUCAGCAUUCACUGAACUGUAAAUAUAUUUAAAUCCUUGAAUUAUUAAUUUCCACCAUAGAGCUACAUGUACGAAUGUUAUUACUGAUUUAAUAAUGCAUUUCAUGAUAAAUACAGGAAGCAAGUAUAAGCUUUAGUUUAAGUGCUAACAACCAUAAUGAAAGUUGGCCUCGGUAGUGACAGGUGGGAUGAGUGGUAUCAUUUUGGGUCCUCCAGGCAGGCAGUUUGCUGUUCAUUGACAUCCUGUUCAGAGUUCACAUGGGGCAGACAAAAACAAACAUAGUAGUGAUAAAACCAGAGAGACAUGGAGGGAGGCGCAGAGACAAGAGGCAAAGACCGAUUCUCUUUUCAUUUGGGAUUUCAUUAGCUGAAAUGUGUUUUCAAAUGCUACACAGAGAGAAAGAAAGAAGCCGUGAGGCCUUCUUUCCUACUCUCUUGUCAGUUUGUAUCUGCUUUCUCUCUCCCUGGCUGCCUCCUCGGCCUGUAAAUACCUUCAGCAUCAGUGACACUGCUCUUCUCUCUGUGUCCAGGCUAUAUGACGUGUACGUAUGAAAUUAUCAAACUACUAUGGAUGUUAAAUAACAAAGUGCUCAUGUGAUCACAGACUUAAA